AUGAGCCCAAGUUUGAAAUCUGCAAGAAUUCCCGCUUUUGAAGAUGAGACGACGUCGUCUGAUCGUUUGGCGUUACUUGACUUCAAGAGUCGGAUUAGUGAAGACCCACUUCAAAUCAUGAGCUCAUGGAAUGACUCCACCCAUUUCUGCAACUGGUUUGGUGUUACAUGCAGCCUUUUCAGUGCCAGUAAAAGAGUCAUGGUUUUGAACCUGGAAGCUCAAAGAUUGGCUGGCUCUAUAACACCUUCUAUUGGAAAUCUUACUUACCUUUCUGGAAUCAACCUGAGAAACAACAGCAUCGAUGGUGUAAUUCCUCAACAAGUGGGAAGACUAAAGCGCCUGCAGCAUCUCAACUUGAGUCGGAAUUACUUUGGUGGGAACCUUCCAACUAAUUUAAGUCACUGUGCACAACUUAGAUUGGUUCACCUGAAACUUGGCAACAACAACCUUACAGGAACUAUCCCAUCAUGGAUAGGAAACUUUUCUUCUCUGUCUAUUCUUAACCUUCACCUGAACAAUCUACAAGGUAGCAUACCUAGUGAGCUUGGCCGUCUAUCAGGCUUGGGAUAUUUUCAACUUUAUGGGAAUAAUCUGUCUGGUACUAUCCCUUCUCUCAUUUACAAUAUAUCUUCCAUAUACUAUUUCUCUGUUACUCAAAACCAACUGCAUGGAAGCCUGCCACCCGAUGUUGGCCUUACUCUUCCUAACCUUGAAAUAUUUGCCGGCGGUGUUAAUAGUUUCACAGGACCUAUUCCCGUGUCAUUGUCAAAUGCUUCUGGACUUCAGUUGCUUGACUUCGCUGAAAAUGGUCUCACUGGGAUGGUGCCUCAAAAUCUAGCAAGUUUGCGUGGCUUGGUUAGAAUUAAUUUCGAUAACAAUAAUCUUGGAAAUGGGAAAGUUGAUGGCCUGAAUUUUCUCAGUUUUUUGGCUAACUGUACUAGUUUGGAGGUCUUGGGUCUUGCUUAUAAUCGAUUUGGUGGAGUAUUGCCCAGCUCCAUAGCCAAUCUUUCCUCCCAGCUGAAUAUUCUUACUUUGGGUUCUAAUAUGAUACAUGGAGGCAUCCCCACUGGGAUUGGCAACCUUGUUAACUUGACCCGUCUGGGAUUAGAACAUAACUUUUUGGGUGGUCGUCUCCCUGAUGCUCUUGGGAAGCUGAAGCAGUUACAGGGAUUAUAUUUGGACCAUAACAAAUUUUCAGGGCCGAUCCCUUCCUCCUUAGGAAACUUAACUACAUUGACAGUGCUCUCUAUGGAGGAGAACAAAUUGGAGGGAAGUAUACCCCCAAGCCUAGGAAACUGCCAAAAUUUACUUCAACUAAACCUUUCUAGUAACAAUCUCAAUGGUACCAUACCAAAAGAGGUUAUUGGUCUUUCUUCAUUAUCGAUUUCUUUGGUCAUGUCUCAUAAUUCUUUGACAGGCAAACUGCCAUUUGAAGUGGGUAACUUAAAAAAUCUUGGGAAAUUAGAUCUUUCGGAGAAUAAAUUAUCAGGUGAAAUUCCUACUUUCCUUGGUAGUUGUACUAGUUUGGAACGUUUGCAUUUGGAGGGUAAUUCAUUUGAAGGAGCAAUCCCUCCAUCUCUAGAGACACUAAGAGGUUUAGAAGAAAUGGAUCUUUCAUGCAAUAACUUGUCUGGGCAAAUUCCUGAAUUUCUCAGCAAAUUUUUGUCACUUAAGCAUCUCAAUCUUUCUGAUAAUGAUCUCGAAGGGAAAGUGCCAAGUGACGGGAUUUUUUCAAAUGUAAGCGCAAUCUCAAUCUUUGGAAAUGACAAGCUAUGUGGUGGUGUCCCAAAAUUAGUUUUACCAAAAUGCUACAAGAAGAGUCCACGUUUAUCCGUGAAACGCCUUGCACUCAAAGUAGUAAUUAUUGUCGCUAGCAUAGUUAUAUUUGUACUUGUUCUAUUGUGUUUUUUCCUCAAAUGUUCUAUGGUUAAAAACUGGAGAAAGAGACCUUUGGCCACAUCUUCCUUAAAGGAUGGCCAAUUACCCUGUAUAACUUAUGCAGAACUCCAAGCAUCAACUAAUGGUUUCUCUGUAGACAAUUUGAUCGGUUGUGGAAGUUUUGGUUUUGUAUACAAAGGAGUUCUCUCUAGCAAUGGAGUAAUUGUUGCAGUUAAAGUGUUAAACCUUCAACAGCAAGGAGCUUCCAAGAGUUUCAUUGAUGAAUGCAAUGCUUUGAGAAGUUUACGCCAUCGUAAUCUCCUUAAGAUUAUUACUGUUUGCUCAAGCAUUGAUCAUCAAGGGAACAACUUUAAGAGUCUAGUUUUUGAGUUCAUGUCUAAUGGAAGCCUAGACAAGUGGCUACAUCCUAUAGAGGAUGAGCAACAUCGAUGCAGGAGUUUGAGCUUUAUUCAGAGACUGAACAUAGCCAUGGAUGUUGCCUAUGCAUUGGCAUAUCUACAUCUCCAAUGCCAAAUGCCAAUUGUUCACUGUGAUGUAAAGCCAAGCAAUAUCCUCCUCAAUGAAGAUAUGGUAGCCCAUGUCGGUGACUUUGGAUUAGCAAAGUUUGUAAUUGAAGCAUCACAUAAUCCUUCUAAAAAUCAAAGUAUGUCAGACUUGUCAGUUGCACUGAAGGGUUCCGUCGGAUACAUUCCUCCAGAGUAUGGGAUGGGUGGCCAAGUUUCCGUGCUUGGAGAUAUUUACAGCUAUGGGGUACUUUUGUUGGAGAUGUUCACUGGGAAAAGACCUACUGAUGACUUGUUCAAAGAUGGCCUGAGCAUUCACAAGUUCACUGCAAUGGCUUUGCCGGAAUGUGUCAUGGAUAUAGUGGACUCAUCAAUGCCGUUUGAAGAAGAUGUUGAUGAUGAGACAAAUAACGAUGACAAUGAAGAAGUAAAUCCUCAUUUCAAUGCCAGAAGCAGAGUGGAGGAUUGUUUGGUCUCAGUAUUGCAGAUUGGACUAUUGUGCUCUGCAACAUCACCUCAUGAGCGGAUGCCCACAAAUGAAGUCGUCAACAAACUAAGUGCAAUUAGAGAUGCAUUUCUUAAAUUUAAGAAGGGGAACAAAAGAAUAAUGAGCUAG